AUGGCUGUCAAUGCCUUGACAAUUGAAACAUUCACUGAAUAUGGAAUUGGCAUGCUUUUUCUCUUAGUCCGACUAUAUGCCCGACUAUACAUAGGAGGCCUGCGCGGGCUCGGGCUGGAUGAUGCUUUCGCUGUUGCUGGCAUGAUAUUCUGGACUAUGCUGACUGUUAUUAUCUAUCUGCUGGGGCUGUAUGGCAACAACAUCGGAUUAAACGAGCAAACAGCCAUGCUUGUCCCAGAAAGCAAAGUUGCUGAUAUGAUUCUCGGAUCGAAGUUGGCUUUCAUGAACUGGAUAUGGUACAUCUGCUAUAUUUGGUGUCUAAAGGGUGUCCUUCUUUGCCUUUAUUGGAAACUCACGUCCGACGCCUGCAUAAUCCUAAUCCCAAUCCCGAUUCUCGCCAAACUCCAAGUCCCACUCCAACGCAAAAUAAUCCUGGUAGUGAUGUUCUCUUCCGGGGUCUUCAUUAUGAUCUGCACAAUUCUGCGCGCCUACUAUUCACUUUCGUCGAUCACAAAUCUCGGCACAGCACUCGGCUGGGCAGACCGCGAAUGCUUCGUCGCAGCAAUCGUCGUCUCACUACCCGGCAUCAAACCGCUAUUCCGCAACACGCGCUGGCUGGGCUCGUCGAACCGCAAAAACUCCAAGGCCCCCUACUACAACAGCGAUGGGUAUAACGUGGCUGGGUCGAAGUCUGGGAAGACGAAGACAUUUGUUUCAACGCCGUCUCGGAAUGGGAGGUUUGAGUUGGAAAGUGUGUUGCAUACAAAGGCCGAUCGCGUUUCUGAGGCUGGGAGUGAGGAGUAUAUUCUUGAGGGAAGUCAGGGUGUGGCUGGUGCUGGACACCAGGAUCCCAUGGCUAUUCGGGUUACCACGGAUAUCGAGCCCGCAUUUAUCUAUGCCAAUGAAACACCCGAUUUCGCCACAAUCCUAGCCAUCCCUGAUGAAGAUGCAUCCGAUAAUAAAGAUGACCCAGAUUCUAAACAGAAAGAACAAGAAUUGAAAGAUGCAUCCAUCUGCCACCAGACAUACGAUGUGGUUAUGACAGCCCUUAUUCCCAAGCUUCGUCCCGCAAGAUUACUCGACCCGACUAUUUUCCGGCUCUUCCAUUACAGCCAUACAACAUGGAGAGACUCCGCUGCCGCUGUGCGUCAAGAGUUAAUUGAGCUUUCAGCUCGCUGGGAAGAAUUAGGGCUAGAGGGUUCGUGUCCAUAUUCUCCUACAGAAGCGGAAUUGAAGCAGUAUGCGCGAGACUAUGAGGAUUUUGAGGCUGUUCAAGCACUCAAGUCAUGGCUGAGGAAUACUCUGGAUACAAAUUCUGACGGAUGGAUUCCGAAUGAGGAUUGGGAUGCUGCGAAGGCUCUUCAUCGCGAUGCAUAUGAUGAAUGGAUACAGACUGCCAAGGAAGCUGAGGCUCGAGGUGAAGAUAUGACAGUUGCAAAGGCGGAUAAGAUGUGGCCAUUUGAUGCUAGAUAA